CCUAUACAGAUAGUUUCUUCUUCCACAAGAAACAAUAACCUAACCAUAUAUUAUGUUAUGUUUUAAUUGCUAAUCUCUCACUACAUUUCUUGGGGUUAAAUAUGGCUCAUAUUGAUGGGCAAGUUGGAUAUAGCGAGGAAUUCUUCGAGAAUUCACGGGGAAUACAGCUCUUAACCUGCAAAUGGUUUCCAGUGAAUCAGGAACCAAGAGCUCUCAUCUUCUUUUGCCAUGGCUAUGCAAUUGAUUGUAGCACCACAUUUAAAGAUGUUGCAUCUAAGUUUGCAAAAGAAGGUUUUGGUGUGUAUGGAAUUGAGUAUGAAGGGCAUGGAAGAUCAGGCGGCCUCUCUGCCUACAUUGAUAACUUCGAUCUUCUCAUCAAUGAUGUCUCUUCACAUUUCUCCAAAAUAUCUGAGAUGGGAGAGAACACAAAGAAGAAGAAGUUUUUGAUGGGAGAGUCGAUGGGAGGAGCCGUAGUUCUUCUCUUGCACCGCAAGAAACCUGAGUUUUGGGAUGGAGGAAUCCUUAUAGCUCCAAUGUGUAAGAUUGCUGAAGAGAUGAAACCACCAAAGAUGGUUAUAUCUCUGAUGAGUUUGGUCACACAUCUGAUCCCAUCAUGGAAGUCGUUAGUUUCGGGACCUGAUAUCAUCAAUCUCGCGAUUAAACUUCCUCAAAAGAGACAAGAGAUAAGAGACAAUCCAAAUUGCUACAAUGGGAGGCCUCGUAUGAAGACCAUGAGCGAGCUUUAUAGAAUCAGCCUCGACCUAGAGUAUCGAUUGAAAGAUGUGACAUUGCCUUUCAUAGUAUUGCACGGAGAAGAUGAUAAAGUGACGAAUAAAGGAGCUAGCAAACUGCUAUACGAGGUGGCUUCAUCUAAUGACAAGACUUUGAAGUUGUAUCCAGAAAUGUGGCAUAGCCUUCUUUUCGGGGAGCCUUUGGAGAAAUCAGAAAUAGUGUUCAAUGACAUUGUGCAAUGGAUGGAGACAAGAAUCACUACUCUUCAAGUGAAAGCUUUUAACAACAAUUAAGCCACAUCUCAAAUCUGAUUUACUCUUAUUCGGUUUUGCUUUAAGUGAAACAUAUUUUUUUUUUCAUCUUCUUAAUGUUUUAAGUAAAGAAUUAACAAAAUUGGAUGAUUUGAGACGUUGUAUGGUUGUAUUAGUAUAACUAACUGAGAGAGUCCCACACUGGAGUGGAC